AUGGGUUUUGUACCGACAGGACAUCAAACGUCUGUAGCAGUUCCAGCAAACGAAGCUGGAAAGAAUCCUUCUAAUCAGUUGGGAUGGCAGCAUUACCAACAACGAGUUCCUCUUUUAGACUCCCUUCCCCGAGCCCCAAUAAAACACGUCACAUCUCUUAUCACUCUUUCUUUCUUUUUUCUUUCUUAUUCUUUCUCUUUCUUUCUAUCUCCUCCUGACCUUUUCUUUCUUUCUUUCUUUCUUUCUUUCUUUCUUUCUUUCUUUCUUUCUUUCUUUCUUAUUAUUUCUCUUUCUUUCUCUCUCAUAUCUCCUCAUUCUUUGUCUCUUUCAUUCACUCUCUCUUACUUUCUCUUUCUUCUUUUAUUUGUCUCUCUCUCUUUCUCUCUCACUCUUUCUCUUUCCCUAUCCUUCUUUAUCGCUCUCUCUCUCUCUCUCAAUAUGACUCUUAUUUCUUUCUCGUUUUUUUUCACUCUUUUUUUCUCUCUCCUUCUCACAAGCGCUUUCAUGGAAAGAAAUAACCGAAUUCGAAUCGAUUCCAUUUUUAUAAAAUUAUUCCCUGUUUAUUCUUUCAUUUACUCGUUCACUGUCUGUUACUUUCAUUUUUCGUUCACUGUCUUUUUCUUUCACUUUCUUGUCACCUUUUUCUUUCUCUUCCUUGUUCAUCGUCUUUUUCUUUCUCUUUCCUGUUCACCGACUUUCUCUUUCAUUUCAUUAUUUACCUUCUUUUGCUCUUACUUGUUUAUCUUCUUUGUAUUUCACGUUCUUGUUCACUGUCUUUUUCUUAUCUUCUUCAACGUCUUUUUUUAUCUUCUUUGUUCGUUUUCUUUCACGUUCUUGUUCACGUUAUUCACCGUCUCUUUCUGUCAUUUCCUUGUUGAACGUCUCUUACUUUCAGUAUCUUCUUCAACGUCUUUUUCUUACACUUCUUUGUUCGUUUUCUUUCUUUUUUAUUCUUCACGGUCUUUCUAUUUCAUUUCGUUAUUCACCGUCUCUUUCUGUCAUUUCCUUGUUGACCGUCUUUCCUUGUUCUUCAACGGUCUCACUUCUUUGUUCGUUUUCUUUCUUUUUUUGUUUACGGUCUUUCAUUUCAUUUCGUUAUUCGUCUCUUUCUGUCAUUUCCUUUUGAACGAAUACUUUUAUCUUCUUUCUUUUUUACCUUCUUCGUUCACCGUCUCUUUCUGUUUUUUUUGUUUUCAGUAUCUUUUCAACGUCUUUUUCUUACACUUCUUUGUUCGUUUUUUUUUUUUUAUUCUUUCUUUCUAUUUCAUUUGUAUACCGUCUCUUUUCUGUCAUUUCCUUGUUCUUACUUUCAGUAUCUUCUUUCAUCUUCACUUCUUUGUUCGUUUUCUUUUUUUUGUUCACGGUCUUUCUAUUUCAUUUCGUUAUUCACCGUCUUUUUGUCAUUUCCUUUUGAACGUCUCUUCUUUUGUUCGUCUUUUUCUUACACUUCUUUGUUCGUCUUUUUAUGGUCUUUUUCUAAUUUCGUUCCAUGUUCACUUGGUCACUUUCUUGUCUGGAAUAAUUUUCUUUCAUUUCCUUCUUCAUCUUCUUUUGAUUUCACUUUCAGGUUCACCGUAUUUUUUUUUUGUUUUCACUUUUCGUCCGCCGUGUUUUGCUUUCACUUCCUUGUAUACCGUCUCUUUCUUUCUCUUUCAUCUUCACCGUUUUUUGUUUUCACUUUUUUGUACACUGUCUUUUGCUUUGACUUUCUUGUUCACCGUCUUUUUAUGUCAAUUCCAUGUUCACGGUCUUUUUCGUCCCCGCCGUUGUUCACCGUCUUUUGCUUUCAUUUCCUUGUUUACCGUCUUUUUCUGUCAUUUUCUUUUUCAUCGUCUUUUCGUUCACUCCCUUGUUAACCGUCUUUUUCUUUCAUUUCCUUGUUUAUCUUCUUUUACUUUCACUUUAUUGUUCACCGUAUUUUGCUUUAUAUUUCUUGUUCACGGUCUUUCUAUUUCGUUUCAUUGUUCACCCUCUUUUUCUGUCAUUUCCUUGUUCACGGUCUUUCUCUUUCACUUCUUUGUUUACCAUCUUCUGUUUUCACUUCCUUGUUUACCGUCUUUUGCUUUUACUUUCUCGUUCACCGUCUUUUUCUGUCAAUUCCUCGUUCAUCGUAUUUUUCUGACAUUUCGUUGUUCACAGUCUUUUUUCUUUCAUUUUAUUGUUCACCGUCUUUUUCUUUCCCUUUUUUUUGCGCACGGUCUUCCUCUUUCAUUUCCUUGUUUACCUUCUUUUGCUUUCUCUUCCCUGUUUAACGUCUUUUGCUUUCACCUUUUUGUUUACCGACUGUUUCUUUCACCGUUUGCUGAUUUCUACUUUCUUUUUCUCAGCUUUUGCGUUCACUUUCUUGUUUAUCGUUUUUGCUUUCGCGCGUUUUCUUAUUCCCUGCGUCUCGCUUUCCUUUAUACAACUACACCGACACCAAUUGACUAUUUUCAUUUUUUCUUAUACCAAAUCCGUCGUUGGUCCCUUUUUGAGGUCUUUUCUUACUUCCUCUCUUUCUCUUUUCGUCGUCUAGGGGCUUGGCUGAUGAUUAAGCAGAAAAAGCGUUCCCUCUCUCUUUCGUCUUGGCAUUCUUGCUCGAGAUGGUCCUUUCUUUCUUUCUUUCUUUCUUUUCCCUCUCGUGCUUUGUUUAAGGGCUUGGUGACAGUUGAACCUGCUUUCUCUUUCUUCGAUAUAGUGGCGUUCCGCAUACGUCGUCAAAACGUGUCCAUCCAUUCGACUGGGAGAUCAAUUCUCCUCACAAUUUUGCAAACAUCUUUUCGACCCAUAUUCCGAGACAUUUGCCAAACGUCCAACCGGUCGCAGACACGGACGAAGACUGACUUUUCCGUUUCACUAUUCGUUUCCGUUUUCCUCUUGUCACGUGGUCAAUUUUCAAAAUAUAAACUUUAUUAUGGGUGGAAUGAGGUCAUCGACCCUCUCUCUCAUCUUCAACACCUUGACCAAAAGAGAAGGAAAGUGUACACUCUGGUCAAUUCUUGUCGCCACUAA